AUGCCCUAUCCCCAGACCACUCGCUCCAAUCAAUUUCUCUCAGAUGUAAUCGCGUAUGUUGAUAUUCCCCACGAGGUGAUCAGACAGUCUGUCAUUGACCGUCUUAAUCGUCUUGGCGCAAAUAUUUCUGUUCUUGGACCAAAAGUGACGCAUAUAAUAUUUAAGCAUGGUUCAAACGAAACCAAACUUUGGGCACAGCGCCACCGUGUUUAUUUAGUCGACCCUGCUUGGAUAAAGGCCUGCUUUGACCAAAUGAAGCGUGUUUUAGAAUCCUUAUUUGCUGUCAAAGAGAAGGAAGACACUGAUCAAAUUAAUUACUUCUCUGUCUUUAAUCAGAAUACGAACUUAUGUUCAAGAUCGCUUCUCACCGCAUUUUCAUGUCCUAUUGCUCAUUCAGAGAACUCUCCCAAAUUGAUUCCGCUUUACAAUCUAGAUAAUCGUAUAUUACAUAACAGCCUGGCAUUCAAUCUUACUCCUCCUUAUGGCAUAGAGGCAUUUAAAAGGCUUAUUGAACAGCGCGAUUCCCCAAUUCAAAUCGACAAUAUUUCUUUGCUUCAUUCGGAUAAAGCUAAUCAAAGUUCACAUGUUAAAUAUGUAGCAAAACCAAAAAUAUCUCAUGUUGCCGAGUAUGCACACAUUGGGACUCCUAAGAAUCGUGGAUUUCGAAAGCACUCCUCAAAAGGAUUAUUCUCCUCAAAAAGCAAAUCCGCUAUCCCUAAAAAGAAUAAAACGCUUCAAAAUUCGUGCUCUGUUAAAUCGAUAAAUAAUUCAAAGAAAAACAUCUGCGGAUGCAUGUCAAAUGCUGAUUGCUGCGUCUCUUUGGAAGAGCCUCCAACCUUCAGUUCAAAUCGAUCUAUCUAUUCAACACGCUCGAAAACUACUCAAGCUAGAAUCGAGGGUUCUGUAAAAGCUAGGGGCUGUCUUUUAGUAGCUGAAAAGGACAGCCAUACUAAUAAUGACAGUCUAUGUACAAGUUCUUGGUCUGGAGUCGCACAAAAAAAAGCGUUGGCUCAUAGUCGCAAUAAGUUUUCUCAGAAGAACAUUGCUUUACUUUCGAGUUCCCUUUCUGCAAGCCUGGCUCUUGAUUCAUCUAAAGGUGUCGAAUCAUCUAGUGGAUCAACCCAAAAUAAUAUUGAGUACUGUUCGAACUUCUUAGGCUCUACAUCUUCUGGGUCAGAGUUUCAGUUGAUUUCUUGA